AGGUGUUUUGUCCCAAAUCAAUCAAAUUUUUUGUGACGGAGUUGUUUUUACGUUUUUUUUUCAAGUUAUUUAAUAAUUUUUUUAUAUUUUUAAUGAUAUUAAACAUUUUUAUUUAAAAUAAGUGAUACGAUUCUUCAUCGAUUUGCCAAAUUUUUUAUUUUCUCAUUCUCCUGCUGGUUGAUGAUAAUUAGGGCGCAGUUUGUGUUGGCCCCAUCGUCGUCUGCGACUGUCGUAACAGAAAGAGAGAUUAAAGGAGAUUGUGAGUAAUAAAAAUUGGGUCAGUAGUACUAAUUGUAAUAAAAAUAAAUAUAAUAAAGAUAUAAUUGUUAAUAAUUUAAUUAGCUAACAAAUUAGUAAAAAUAGUAGUAGUAAAAUAGUAACAAUGGAUAAUCAUAAUAGUAAUAAUGACAAUAAGUUGAAUAUCCCCAAAUCAUCAUCAUCAUCUAUCAAUACUUCCUUCAUGAGAGAUAGUGGCCUAGGUUCCGACUUGUUCUCCCCACCAGGCAGCAGUGUAACACAGGCCAAUACUGACCAACAAGUCUUCAACUACAGCAACAUAUCAGGAUAUUUAGAUGAAGAAGGAAGAGAUGACGAGGGAGAAAAUGCAAUUAGGGUGGCCCCAGUUAGUGAAUUAGGAGCUUCUGCAUUGACUACAACAUCUACUCUAGCACCAUCUAGUUCCACUUCCAAGAUUAACAUAGAAGAAGAGUGUACAGACUCAUUUACUAAUCCAUUCCAUCAUCACCAAUAUGAUGAUCCUAAAAAUUAUAAAAGUGAUUAUUCCUUUGAUAAAAAUGGUGGCAAUAAUAAUAAUAUCCCCAAAAGCAAAUUAAAAUAUGAUGAUGAUUGCUGUGAUGAAGAUGGCAACAAUAAGGUUGAUGAUCGAAACAACUCCAAAAAUGAUGUUAACACAGUUGUUGGAUAUGUGGCCAGUAGGUCAAAGUUCAUUAGGAUGUGUACUCCAAUAAUUGACCUUGUGGUGCCAAAAGGUCACCAAAUUCACACCAACUUUACACCUCCUAGAUUCAGAUCAGGAUAUGAAAUGGAUCAAAUUGAAAGCAAUGAUAAGACUAAGUGGCCAUGCACAGUCGAGCGUCGUGUUGCCGUCGAUCUAAGGUCUGUCAGUGAUUAUGUCCAUCUAGACCAUUCGGGGAUUGGCUUCGGUUACCAACUCCACAACCACCCACACAGCCAGCUCAAUAGGGCCUACUCGUCAUCGUACCCUGGAGCCCCUUCCCCAUUAGCUGAGGCCUCCUGUUGUAUGGGAGUAAGGGUGAGAAGGAAUUUUUGUCAUACCAGGUUCCCAAACAAAUUGGAUGAUUUUCUUUUGUAGAGUCAAGUUUUUUUUAAAAAAAUGUUUGGAUAUUUAGUAUAUUGUUUAUUUAUUAUUUUGUAUCUUUAGUAUAUUAUUUAUUUAUAUUUAGUGUAUUAUUUUCUUAUAUUUAGCGUAUUAUUCAUUUAUUUAUUUCGUUGUUGAAUUGGCAAAGCAUAUUAUUGUUAGCUAGUUGAGAUUAUUGUACGUGCGUGAACAAAUUUCCGUUGUUGAAGCUUGGUUAAUUUUUAAAUUUUCCAAAUUUCAUUGCCUGUCUGGUAUUAUUUGUUUAUUUUUUUUUAGAUUCACUUAAUUUUAAUUUUUUUAAAAUAUAAAAUUCGAAUUGACGUAUCUAAUCUUCUUACCUUUGGUAUACUGUAAGCCCGAACAGUUAGGUGUUGUAUUACAUUCUACUUAUUAAUUUUCUUAAAAAGUUUGUCAAUCCCACUCGGUUGCUGUUGUGGUUGUUAAAUGUUUUAUAUUUACACACAAAGACACACAUACAAACACAAAUUGUUUUUAUUUAACAUGUGAACAUGUAGGUAGAAAGCUCACACAAAAUGUAUUUUAAAUAUAUUAAUAUUGUUAAAUUUGAAUGUUAUGAUUUAUACCUCAUGUUAAUUGCUGAGCAAUAUGUUUGUAUUUGAUGAUUUGUAUAGCGCCUCUUAUAAAGAACCUCAGAAAUGCGCCUGUGUACACACACACACACACACACAAGUACUGUUUAGUGUAUGUAUAUACCAUUUUAAAACAUCAUUAUUUUGUAGAGUUGUUUUUGAUGCUUUUUAAUGUGUUUUUAUAC